AUGAAUUGGCUUGUGGUCGAUUUUCCCAAGAGAGAGGAGAGUCUUCAAACCAAUCUUUCUCCUCUUUUCACCAUUCAGACACCAAGCCAUCGAGUCCAACAAAAUGAGACAAGUGACGAGAGUGACGAAGCUUUGAUCCUCGACGGUGCUCUCCCGGGGUCUGUGAGAGCUGGAGGCUCCAUGUCGACAGCUGUAACACCAGCUUCAAUGGACUCCGGACUACGAUUACACGAUUCCUCCACAGCCUCGCUCCGAUCUGUUCAGUCAAGCUCAGUGCCAGUUUUCAGAUCAAAUACAUCGUAUUCAAUGCCGGCGUCCACUGCUGAUUUAAUGGUCACACCACUCCAUCUGUUAGGAGAUCAGGCAGAUUUCGUGGACUGCCCGUUCUGUCGGCGACGAGUCGAAACUAAAAUCAAGAAAAAUGCUUCUGCAGCUACUCACCAAAGUCUGGCAUUGUCUAUUUCCACUUACACAUAUUCGUUCAGUAUUGCCGCGACCGGCCUCUUCUUUACAACCGUUGGAGGCGUAGUAGCACCGUACGCUGCCAACUGGAAAUGCCAUAUCAGUCACUUUUGCACCAAUUGUGGUAAAAAAGUAGCUGUUAAGCGAAAUGGUUCAGAUGAGAUGAGGGCACUUGGGACACCAGACCAUUUGCGUCAAGUGUCCAAAUUCCCUGCCGCUGUCACCCCGUAUGUAGCAAAUAAUUACGGGCAUUGA